AAGCAGGUAGAGGCAGCUGUGUCCAUUGAUGGGACUAUCGGUCAAGUUCCCCCUUCUAGUUGGACGGGAUGGCAACUGCGAGAGGGCUGAGCCUGUCAUCCGCCCUACCUAUGCCCUCUGGCAUCCGGUGAGAGCCCCAUCCCAUACUUCACAGAAUGGUGGCUGUUUGUCAAGAAUAAGAGGGCGGUUGGUGGCAUCCUCUGCCCCUGGAGAGAGACAGAGCGAUUCAAAUGAUGGACAGAUCUAUCUUAGUGAGAGUUGUGUGAAGAGGCUACUGGAGAUUGCAGAAGGGUCUGAAUUUCUCAGGCUGCAGGUGGAAGGAGGUGGCUGUUCUGGUUUCCAAUACAAGUUUUCAUUGGAUACAGUUGUCAAUUCUGAUGACAGGGUUUUUGAACAAGGGAAUGCCCGGGUAGUUGUGGACUUGGACAGCCUGAACUUUGUGAAAGGGGCAAUGGUGGACUUCAACCAGGAGUUAAUCCGCAGCUCUUUCCAGGUGGUGAACAAUCCACAGGCUGAGCAAGGUUGCUCUUGCGGAUCAUCUUUCUCAGUGAAACUUUGAUUGAGCUUCUCCAUAUGGACCUAAGUGAUGCUGAGUGAUUACUGGUUGCUGUGUUUCUCUUCAGUUGUAUGUGAGUCUUUGAGCAACUGGUGUAAUUUGUUGUAUGAUUCAGGCACGUGCACAGUGAACUCUAGAUUGUUCUAGUUUGGGCAGAAUCUCCAAUGGAAGUUGAUUUCUUCAGGAUAAGGUGUGAAAUAGCCUUUAUUCUCUCUGAAUUAUACGAUGACUUCCAUGUAGCAUGUAACAUAGCUAUGUAAAGAGAUAUUUGUACAUGCUUUUGUGAUUUGCUAUGUUUUGAGGCUCUUUAAAAGCAUACAUUUGUUUUCUUUCACUUUUGUGUAUGUCAGCAGCCCUUUUCAUAUCUGAUUUGGGCCCAGACGCAGGAGGCUGAUUGAGGCCCAUGGUCCUGUCCUUGAUGACCAUGCUCUUGAAAGCACACUUUUCAUGAAGACCUUGUGUGCUGAAUACAUGUAGAUUUCAGUACAUGUAAUGCAGGCAGAGGCGUAGCAAGGGGGGAAAGCGCCUAGUGCACUGGUGCGUCCUCUGCCCCCAGAACGCCCCCACCAUGCCCCUGGGACACCCUCGCCACACCCGCACAGAGGCGUGCCUGGCACAUUCCCCCCCCCAGUCCCCUUGGAGCUACACCUCUAAAUGCAGGUUCCUGGAAAAUGUGCUCUCUAUGCAAAUUGUCCUUUUGAGAUUAUGGAGGUAAGGAGUAAGAUCUGCUGUCUCUCUUCCCUGUUCAUACAUUUGAAUAUAUGAUGAGGCUUUUAUACGAAAUAUGUAUAGAUGCUGUAGAAACUGGACACAAAAUUCUCAGAUGUCUGAUUUGGAUCCCACCAAACACUUCUACUGAUGGAACUAUUUCAAACAGCAGAAGGGGGAAAUCAAGGAAAUUGCAACCCCUUUUGUCAGUAGAGACCUUCUGUGGGAUUGAAUUCAUUGUUUUCUUUAGUUGGCCAUUUGCUGACUCUGGGGCUUUUUAUGUUUCCCCCCAACAAUUUAAAGCUGUAUAGUACCAGAUUCAUUCACUGCCUGUGUUCCAACUACAAACAGAAUACAGUUUUUAGAAUCUAGGACAAAGGAAAAGAUAGAAACAAGUAAUAUAAAAGGAGAAAAGUGCUUAUGUUGCUUAGGGUUGGUCUGCUUUCUAUUAAGGCUGUUUACUAAGUGCCUGUAUAUAUUAUUUAACAUUUUUUUUCUUUUGGAGUUUGGCAGUGGGAAUGUUUACAAUGCAAGCGGGAGGACUUAGUUUUCAUAACUUAAAAUUCUCCUUUUGUCUCCUUCAGUUAUUUUCCUUUUGGUUUCUGUUCCAAGGUGCCAAGAGAUUUAAGCAUUAAAUAAAACAAAACAAACAUUUUGGAGGACAA